CAUACCUCAUUUGGGUCAAAAAUCAGAAAAGAGGAUGACAUCCUAUAGCAAAAAGCAAAUAUUGUGUGAAUUCAAGAAACUGUUAUACUUAGCAGGGCCUUUGAUUAUUAUGAAUAUGUUGGUCUGUGCGUCAUCAAUGAUUUCACUAGUGUUUGUUGGUCAUUUGGGAAAGCUGGCUCUCUCUGGUGCUUCAGUGGCUACUUCUUUUGUUUCUGUCACUGGUUUAAGUUUAACGGUUGGAUUGUCUACUGCUCUAGAAACAUUAUGUGAUCAAUCUUUUGGUGCAGCACAGUAUCACUUGUUAGGAAUUCAUAUGCAAAGAGCGAUGAUUGUUCUUUCAUCAGUUAGUGUCCCUCUCGCGGUCAUGUGGUUUUAUGCAGAAAAAAUGCUUGUGUUCUUAAGGCAGGAUCCAGAAAUCUCAGCUGAAGCCGGGUUAUACAGAAGAUAUUUGAUUCCUUGUCUUUUUGCAGAUGCAUUACUUCAAUGCCUUGUUCGUUUUCUACAAUCUCAAAAAAAUGUUAUUCCUAUGAUGUUAACCACUGGGAUUAUGACUUCACUUCAUGUUUUAAUAUGUUGGAUUAAGGUAUUUAAAUUUGGGUUGGGAAGUAAAGGCGCAGCAUUGGCUAAUGCAAUUUCUCUUUGGAUUAAUGUGAUGUUCUUAUCGGUUUAUGUUCGUGUUUCACCUUCGUGUAAGAAGACUUGGACUGGCUUCUCAAAAGAGGCUUUCCUUAAGAUUCCAACAUAUUUGAAGCUUGCAGUUCCUUCUGCAAUCAUGAUCUGCUUAGAGAUAUGGUCAUUUCAGAUGAUGGUUAAUCCACAGUUUGAAGCUUCAGUUCUUUCUAUAAGCUUGAAUAUAGCCACAAUGAUGUACCAAGUUCCUCUUGGUCUAGGCGACGCCACAAGUGUAAGGGUUUCAAAUGAAUUAGGUGCAUGUGGUGCAAUAAUAUUGAUUUCAGGCCGAAAGUUAUGGGGUUAUUGUUAUAGCAGUGACAAAAAAGUUGUGAGUUACAUUGCACAGAUGCUGCUUCUUGUUGCAGGAUCUCAUAUUAUUGACGGCAUCCAAUCUGUGCUUUCUGGUGCUGUCAGAGGAAGCGGACGACAAAAGAUCGGUGCAAUUAUGAAUUUGGGAUCUUAUUAUCUUAUCAGAAUUCCUUUGGCUGUCUUAUUUGCUUUUGCAUUUCAUUUGGGACUUUGGUUGGGGAUCAUUGCAGCAUUAAUCUCACAAGGGCUUUCCCUUUCUAUUUUAACGUUACGCACUAACUGGGAAAGCCUAGCAAACAAGGCUACUCAUAGAGUGAAUGAUUCUAUUAUCAGAGAUGAAAGCAUUGUAGCCACAAAUGUGAAUGAAGAAGAAACUUCAAGGACAGAGACAACCCAAUGCGUAGAAAAUCAAAAUAUGGUGCAUGAAUGUUAUAGAAACAAAAAGGAUACAAGCAACUAUCCUUAA